CGCAUUAUUCAACGCUUUCAGUACACGCUCACAUACGUUUAGCGAAUUUUUCUGUAGGUACGCGAAUCGCACGUUUUAUUUAUUGGUACGACGCCUACGGGUCUUCGAACGAUAUUAAUAAUAAAUAUUAAAUAACGAUUACUACUAUACGAUAUCGAUAAUAAUAUGACGAUGAUCACCGGAUACAACGUUAUCAUUCGAUCACCUUCGGUCGCCUGACGUGAUAAUAACAGUAAUAAUAAUAAUAAUAACAAUAUUGUUAUUAUUAUGAACAUCAUCAGAGUUUUGGUAUGCGAUAGCGGCCAACCAGAAUGGUAUAUACGAGGCUGCGGCAGCUGCAGCUGCUGUCAGUGACUGGAAUCUUUAAUCUAUUUAGCGCCAACACCGUGCUCUACUCGAUACUAUCACGCGGAUGUGUAAUUUAUAACAACAAUAGUAAUAGUAAUAAUGAUAAUUAAUGAGUAAUGCUUAUCAGGCGACAGGCACGCAUUAUGCAACAAUAUCGUUCGAUUAUUGCUCACUCAGUCUCUAGUGUACAUACGAUAUGCUGUACGUAUGUAUAUAUAAUUAGUAUUGUACAUCAUACAUGAGGCGUCAUGUUACAUUACUCACUUACCAGUGACACCGCACACGUUUCGCCCUUUCGAUAAAACAUAUUAGCUGAUAAUAAAGAUGUUACGUAAUCGCCGCUGCCGUACGAAAUGUGUUUUCGGCUGGCUGUUGUACUCGUUGCUCCGUGAAGAGAUUUCGAUUGUCAUUCGCCGACAACUAGCAGCGACCGCCUGACGGCCGAACGACCGACCGUCCGUUUACCGCCAAAGUGUGUUGCAUUCCAACGGUGUUGUUCGUGCCGUAGUGACCCAUUGCCGACGACGAUAAUACACCCAAUACCGAUAAACCACAUACCAGCUACACAGUGUUUUUAAAUUGUUAUGUGAACGUGAAGUUGUGCAUAGGUGUUCCAGUGCUCGAAGAGGAUAUAACUUGUAGAUGGAUACAAUAGCAAGGAUAAGCGGUAGAACUAAUGAUGCAACUGAUACCACCCCCAAUGUUUGCCGAUUAUGACAUACUAUUGGCUUGCGGGCUACUUAUAUUCUGGUGCGGUUAUUGGUUGGUGCACAUAAGUGCAAUAUGUUAUGGGAAGUUCAAACUCUACAGAAAACCCAAACCAGAAUCAUCUGUGCAGUUGAUACCAUCUCUAGUGUCUUUAGAACAUGGUUUGCCGAGAAAUAACAAAAAACAAUAUCCUGGUGUUAGUAUAUUGAAACCAUUAUUGGGCGUUGAUCCUAAUCUAUUUGUCAACUUAAGCUCAUACUUUCAAAUGGAAUACCCAAUGUAUGAAGUUCUAAUAUGUGUGGUUGAUCAAAAUGAUCCUGCUGCAAUGGUAGCUAAUCGGCUAUUGGAAAUGUAUCCAUCAGUAGAUGCUCGACUAUUUUUAGGUGGUUCUCAAGUAGGUGUUAAUCCAAAAAUCAAUAAUGUACAUGCAGCAUACCAAGCAGCCAAGUAUUCAUUGAUACUCAUAUCGGAUAGUUCAAUAAAAAUGAAAAAAGAUACACUUAGUGAUAUGGUUGAUAAUAUGGCUGAUGAUGUUGCAAUUGUACAUCAAGUACCAUUCACAUGUGAUCGAAUUGACAAUAGGACGGAGCCUAUGACUUCACCUUUGUCAGAUAAUCCAGCAGAUCCUUCAUCAUUUUUAAAAUUAGAUGGAAAAGUAGAAUACCAAAACCAAACUCGCAAACAGCGGCGUUUUGUCGCCACCUUAGAAAAAGUAUUUUUUGGAACUGCUCAUGCAAGAGUGUAUUUAAUGGCUGAUCUUGUAGGAGCUAUAUGCCAUACAGGUAUGUCAACACUAUUGCGCAAGCAAGCAAUGGAUGAAUGUGGUGGCUUGCAAGCAUUUGCCGGUUAUCUUGCUGAAGAUUAUUUUAUGGCCAAAUUGGUAGUUGCCCGAGGUUGGCGCACUACUGUAAGUAGCCGGCCUGCAUUACAAAAUAAUGGAGGAAGUGAACUAAGUAAAUUUCAAGAUCGUCUUAGAAGGUGGGUCAAACUUAGGAUAGCUAUGGUGCCUCACACAAUUGUGUUGGAACCAUUAUCUGAAUGUCUGAUACUAGGCGCAUGUGCUGCAUGGGCUGCUAAUACACUUUCUGGCGGUUCAAUUGAUCCUUAUGCGUUCUAUAUGAUACAUGUGCUUGUUUGGUUCUUAUUAGAUUGGAUUCUUUUAAAUGUGAUGCAGAAUGGGCCUUUGCCGUUUACAAAAUUUGAGUACUUAGUUGCUUGGUUGUAUAGAGAGUUCAUGGGACCAUACCUGUUUUUAACAGCACUCUUAUGGCGCCCAUCUGUUGUUACAUGGACCACACGGCAAUAUCGCCUGCGUUGGGGCGGUCUAUCAGAAAUCUAUAACCAACACUCAACAAGCUCUAGCUCAGAUUCCAUACCUGCCACAGUGCCUAUAGCAACUACUACCAGUGUCACUUAUGACACAACUGUGCCUAAUAAUUAUUGUAGUACUCACCAGCAGCAACCUCCAAAUGGUAUUGGGUUCACAUCAAAAAUUAAAGUUUAAAAAACAGCAAAUAGCUACUUACAAACUUUUUUACGAAUUUAUUUUUAAACUAAGAUAAUAAUUUACCUUCAAUUUAAGAAUAAGCAUUAUUUAUU